AUGUUGUCGGUAAUUGUCUGCUAGUUGUUGGUAAUUGUUGGUUGUUGACAAUAGUUGUUGGUUGUUGUUGGUAAUUAGUAUGACCGACUGUAUCAAAUUCCUCCCCUCAAAUUAAUAUAUUUAUGAUGUGAAUUAUUUUAAUUUCAAUUAUUCUUAGAUAACGAGUUGUACUACACAGGAGGAAAAGAAGGGAUUUAUAGAAAAGUUAUCCUUGAUGUUGCAGAAGUACGAGAAAUACUGCAUCAUCACCACAGUAAUCCAAUGGGAGGGCACAGUGGAGUGAAUGCCACACUUUGUAAAAUUUCAAACUUUUAUUGCUGGAAUGGCAUGAAAGAAGAUGUACAAGAAUACAUAAGUUUACAUAGUAGUAAAUUGUAAAAAGUUUUAUAGAAAAUAAAUAACCGUUAAUAAAAAACCCGUUACUGUAUUGUUGACAAACACUAUUAUUAUAUAGGUAAUGUCCUGCCAUCACUGCCAAGUUUCCGGCAAAAUAAAAACUCAGGCACCUGAACUAAUUCCAAUAAAAGUUAAGCAGCCCUUGGAGUUAGUUGGAAUUGAUUUGAUUGGUAAGUUAUCAAGUUAACUUUAUUAUUUGAAUAAACUUAGAGCUGAAACUCUGAAUGAGUAGUCAAACAAGUUUGUUUCUUCAAUACUUUAACAUUGAAAACUACAAUAAAUUAUAAGAUUUUACCAUUGAUAGGUUUUCAUUGAUAAUACAUACUCGUUUAGGUUGUUGUGGCUUAAAUUAUUAUUGUUUGAAGUUAAAUGUAAACUGUCUUCACUAUGUGCUUGUGAUGAGGAUCAUGAAUCAGUUGCUCACUAUUUGUUAAAAUGUCCCCGAUAUGCUGCUCUUAGACAAAAUUUACUCUCAAGUGCUGCACAAAUUUUUGGCAAUGACUGGUAUCUCUAAAAAUAUGUAGUGUGAACACCGUAGAUAAGCUUCAUGCUCUUGGGCAAACACUAAUGAAAAAUAAAUAUGUUUAUACAGGCAAGUCAUGUGUUAACAUAUUUUGACCUUAUUUUUUUCUAAGGCCAUUGCCAACUACUCCAGAAGGAUGGAAGUAUGUUUGCACAUUUAUCGAUUACUACACCAAAUUUGUCGAUUUUUAUCCAAUCAAAAAUAAAUCGGCAGAGUGUGUUGCAAAAUGUAUCAAAACGUUUACAUGCAGGUAAUUAGUUUUAACAGCUUUAUUGAACGAUGUUCAAACGGCAAGAGUGCGAACGGGACUCAAGACCCAUGCGAGGCACUCUCCUUCUUGAAUUUUGUUUACAUCUAAUAUCAUUAUUUACAACAAUAUUAUAAAUUGGUAAACAUAUACCAGCUGAUUUUAAUAUCAAAUUAGGAAGCUAUUGCACCACAUAUAAUUAUCAUACAUAAUACAGAUUUGUAUAAUCAUGUUUAUAAAAAAUUGAAAGCUUAAUCAGGAUAAAACAAAACCUGACUCGAGGAGCUGGUAUAUGUUUACAUCAGAAUUAGCUAUUUCUAUGGCAUGACAAGUAUUCAAUUUUAAAACUGUUUCCUCUAGCAAUAUAUAUUAUAACAUUUUGAAAAAAACUGUCUUGUAAAAAUCUAAAACUUAUAAAAAUCCCACGCUUUUGGACAACACACCCAUUGCCAGGAGAUAACUGAAAAAAAUAUAUCGUUCUGCCUUAACAACUCUCCCCUUCCUUGAGAAAUGACCAGUAAAUCGUCUGGCAUUAGGCAUCAAAAUGUUGAAGUAGGGCCACAUAGUGUGUUUAAAUGCAAAGUAAGUUUAAAUGGUUAAAAAUCAGAAAUAAAUUGUCCAUCACAUUCACAUAAUUUUUGUAAUGAUUUUAGAUGGGGUGCCCCUUCACGCCUACUAUCUGAUCAAGGCAGAGAAUUUGUGAACAAGAUCAAUGAUGCGGUUUGCAAGGAAUUUGACAUCAAAUGAUCUGUGACCAGUGCUUAUCACCCGCAGACAAAUGGCCUAGAUGAACGAACAAACCAGACAUUGAAGCAGCGUUUGUCCAAACUGGUCAAUGAACAUCAAAACAAUUGGUGCGACUUCUUAGAAGAGGUUGCAUAUUCCAUACGUAUGCAAAAACAAGCCACAACCAAAUACACACCAUUCUAUCUGAUGUUUGGUCGACAUCCAAAUUCACCUCAAAUGGUAAUGAUAUGGAAUAUUUUAGUUAAAUUAAUUAACUGGAAUAUUUAAUUAAAUCAACUGUUUAUAUUGUUAAGAUGGAUGUUGUAGACGACUGUUCUUCUGCCCCUGACCAACCUGAAGAAAGUUUAGAUGAGCAAGUUUCAGAAAGAAAGGCUUUAUAUGAAGUGACACAAGAGCAGGUAUGUUGUGUUAGAAAUUAAUGUUUUUGCUAGAUGUUAAAGUUAGUUAUUGCUUCAUCAACUACUUCCACUCGCCUCUCCAUUCAUUAGUAACAUAAUUAAAUGAAAUCCAACACCGACUCUGUUAACUCAAACCCCCGCUAACAAAUUUUUCAUUUCCUUGGGAGUUUGAGUUAGCGGGGUUCUACUGUGGUUGUUAAUUGUAUUGAAAUGCCUUUAGGUUCAGAAGAAUGUCAAGAUUGCUCAAGAUAAACAGAAGAAACAGUACCAAAAAAGAAAAGCUAAAGGACUAAAGACAUUUGUUAUCAAAGUGGGUGAUAUUGUGUACAAACGCCAAAUGAAAAACAUUUCCAGAAAAGGAGGGAAAAUGGAGCCAGGAUGGACAGGUCCAUACAGGUAUAACAAAUAUUUUUCAGCAGAUUCAAUUGGACUUCAGCGUCAAUUGAUCAUUAAUGACCAGAUCUAGGACAUGCAAAUCUUUCAGAUCGAUGGUUGUGCUGAUUAUAAAUGGCUUGGUUAAUUACUUCUCGCAGCUAAUCAUUUAGGUUCUUCCUGUAGCUUAGCAUUAAGACUACUCCACAGCAAUAUUGAUAAACAUGGUAUCUUAAAAUUAAUGGUGAGAAGACCCCCCCCCUUCAACCCCCAGUGUUCUACGUCUGUGUUGGUUGUUAAAUGGAUAUUAAAUAAUUGGUAAACCAUUCAAGCUUUGAUACCGGUAGGAAUAAUGGAAUCAUGUUGAUGCUCAAUUGAAGAAUAACAUUGAAUAAUUAAUAUUUACAGAGUCACAGAAAUUGAUUCCUCUGAGAGAGCAACCCUUAUUCCAUUGAAAGAUAAUGCCACUUCUCUGAAAAAAAAAGUGCCCUAUGAUCAGUUACGACCUUAUGUGGUGAGUGAACUUCACAAGGAAAAUAACUGCGGUAGAGGAUCAGGCAGUGCAGAGGAUGAUUGCAAACAAGAAAAUAAUGACACCGACAAUGAUGACGACCUCCCAGACAACAGCAUCAAUGACGGUAGCAAACUACAUAAAAGUAAUGUUUAUUUUCAUUUAUUGCAAAUUGUUGAUCUACAUAUUACUUUAAAUAUGCCUGUCAUGUUGAUUAAUUAACAUUUAUGAUGUAAAUUAUUACCUCCGCCAGGAGGUUAUGUAAUCAUCUGGGUUUGUAUGUGUGUAUGUAUGUGUGUGUGUGUGUGUGUGUAUGUGUGUGUGUUUGUCUGUGAGCACGAUAACUCAGGAAAUACCAAACAUAUUCAUACGAAAUUUUUUGAGUGCAUUUCCCAUCAGCUAAGGAAGAACUGAUUAAAAUGUGGUUGAAUUUGGUUAAAAAUUGAACGAGAAAUGAACAAAAUUUUGUCUUGCUUUUCCCGGUCAAUUAAAAAAAACUCACUGAAUGCGUAAUUAAGACGUGUAUAAUGUAUGCACGCAGUACUAAGAAGACAAUGAGAUGAUAAACCUCAUUAAGCUUCGGCCUUCAUUAUCUAUUGUCUUAGUUGCAUUUCGCACGACCGAAAUUCAAUGUCUAAAACAAGGCUUACGGAGUUACGCAUUAUUAUGUUCAGCAAAGUGCCAGUCCAUUCAAAUUCUAACAAAUUAGAUUACUUCAAUACAGGGUGUAUAAAAAAAAACGCAACCUCGGAAUUUCGCAAGAAAUCGACAUUGUUUUAAAGACAAAAGAUUUUAGCUGCCUGGGAAUUUAAAAUAGCACAACUGUGAAAAUUACUGCACGUGCGAGUGCAUAAAGCAAAAUUUAUGCAUUUAUUUAAUGACACUUAAUAAGUUUUUAUUUUACAAGUACUGUUCAGUACAACAACAGUAAUAUGAUCUAUUAGCAAUUCGAUUUCAAUUUGCGGGGGCCUAAAAUCUUUCAUGCUUAAGAAUUAUAAAGUGGAUUUCUUAGGAAAUUCCAAGGUUGCGUUUCACUUCCGAGUAACGGGCAGAGGUAUGCAGUCUCUGACUGCCCUCUAGUUUUAACAUGCAAUGUAUCUAGUCCACACACCUACCCUGGAUUCCAGAGCCUUCAGUAAAUAAUAAAUCGAAAUGUCAUGAAGGCUCUGGUUCAACAGGAGGAUUCUUCGAUUAAACUGUGCCAAUCACAAAACAGAAUUAGUGGUUUUAGUACAGAUUCUGUAUCUGCACUACUUUAGUAUCUACACUCUGUCUAAUGCCUGAAAAUUUUACUUGUCAAGGGAAAGUCUUAUAUGUUAAUUAAUGAGGGUAAAGUCAUUUCAAUGGUACUUAGAUAUUAAUGAGUUGACAACUAUACUUUAGAUGAAGAAGAUGACAAGGAAGAAGAUGACAAGGAAGAUGACAACAAUGAAAAUGAUAACAACCAGAAUGAAGAUAAUAUCAACAAAAAUGAACACAACAGCACUGGAGUUAAUGGAGUACUUGAGUCCUUAAAAAACUCAUGUAAGUAUAGAGGCUCUCUCUUUCCAGGGGAGCAACUGUGGGGGCGGGAUAAACAUAUUAACCAUAAAAAUAAACUUAACCUUAAAACUAAACUUAACCUUAAAGGUGGCCAAAGUCAGCCAGUAUAA